ACAGGAUCAAAUCUUAAAGCAAUUGUUUUAUCCAGUGACAAGCUUGUGACAUUUAGGAGGCAUUUGAGCACCUCCUUUUAAAAUAUACUACUAUUUAACUGAGCCACAAAUUCCCCAAACCAGUCUAGAUUAGACCAAAAAUGUCUGCCAGCAGACAUUUUUUAAGUUGCUCAGUUAGGUUCUUAACACGGACCUGCCAGAUGUCUUGUAAUGCAUAUUUCACAAAUGUAUGUCCUGUUCUAAACUUUAUCAUUCUUGUGUUGAUUCAUAUUCAUUAUCAGCUCUUAAACUACUUUUAUGGCAAACAGGGUCCGGGAUAUUCACUCCUCCCCUCUCUCAUUAGUCUCACUCAUAUGAGCCUACGUCAUCACUGAGUAUUAGCCGGGAAGCUAGCGUGCUCUGGUACUAGUUCUCCCCCCCGUCUGUGUAAACAUGUAGCCUUUUUGUUGUUGGAACUGUAUCACUUUUAGCGAUUUCAGUGUCCCGUGUGAUAAUGGCCAUGUGGAAGGAAGUCUCAUUUCGGAAAAGAAUGCGGUGUGACGUUUGCUCGUUAACUAGCUAACACAAUAGCUAACUAUCCGGCUGUUUCCCUAUGAGACUGCCCUUGCUAAUUAGACAGCUAGCUAGCUUCCAAUGUCGGCGUCCGAAAACGAGGUUUGACACACAGUAAGGAUGGCGAAUACUUGUAUUUAACAAGGACGUAUAAAGAAGUGGAGAGAGAUGGAGAAACCUAGACGUGAUGGUGCAUCAUCCCCACGGAACGGAAGGCAAGAUGGGGACACCAGGCGGAAGAGGAAAACUGCGGACAUCUCGCAGGCCCUCAGUGCGAAUCCAGUGGACGUAGCAACUCUGAGGAGGAUGGCUAUCAGUGAAGGAGGACUGCUGACCGACGAGAUACGCUGCCAGGUCUGGCCCAGGCUCCUCAACGUGGCCCCUCACCUCCUGGAUCAAGAUCCUGAAACAGUGGAGCGGGAAAACAAUAAGGACUACAACCAGGUCUUGUUGGAUGUCCAGCGUUCACUACGAAGGUUUCCUCCAGGAAUGCCAGACGAGCAGAGAGAAGGUCUUCAGGAGGAGCUUAUCGACAUCAUCCUCAGAGUUCUGAAGCGUAAUCCACAGCUGCAUUAUUACCAAGGAUACCACGACAUCGUCGUCACCUUUUUAUUGGUCGUGGGAGAGCGCAUGGCAACUGCUCUCGUAGAGAAGCUCUCAACACAUCACCUCAGGGAUUUCAUGGAUCCCACAAUGGAUAACACUAAGCACAUUCUUAAUUAUCUGAUGCCCAUCAUUGAACGAGUCAACCCAGAGGUUCAUGACUUCAUGCAGCAGGCUGAGGUAGGAACUGUCUUCGCUCUCAGCUGGCUAAUCACUUGGUUUGGCCACGUGUUAUCAGACUUCCGCCACGUUGUACGGUUGUAUGACUUCUUCUUGGCCUGUCAUCCGUUGAUGCCCAUUUACUUUGCUGCUGUGAUCGUGCUACACAGAGAGGAAGAGGUGUUGGAAUGUGAAUGCGAUAUGGCCAUGGUCCACCACCUACUGUCUCAGAUUCCUCAGGAUCUGCCGUAUGAGACACUCAUCAGCCGGGCAGGAGACCUCUUUGUCCAGUUUCCUCCAUCGGAACUGGCAAGAGAGGCUGCUGCACAUGAAAGCAUGGCAGCAUCUACCUUUAAGGACUUUGAACUUGCCUCGACUCAACAGCGGCCAGAUUCAGUUCUUCGCCGCAGACGGAGACAAAAGCAGGCGGCCCUGGAGAGCUCCACAGUGAGCCCAGUAGGGGCAGUUUCUCAACCCUCCACAGCGCGGCGCUUUAUGAGGUUGGCAGUGAUGGGUCUGACUGUGGCUUUAGGGGCAGCAGCUCUCGCUGUGGUUAAUACUGCUCUUGAGUGGGCCCCCAAACUGGACUUGUUUCCUUGAACUGCCAAAACUCCACCGUACAUGUCUUCAAGUGAAUCGAGCUGGUUGAUCUGGUUCCAAGAACCCCUUUAUUAAGUUCAACCACAAUUUGUGGAGUCUGUAACACUGGAACAUAUUCGCUGAACUGAACAUCUUAAUGCUCCUCUUUUGCCAUGAAAGAUGCUUCAAAAUGUUGCUGGUCGUUAUGGAGGUUGUGAGACCUGACCCUCCUGUUGUCAUUCCUGGAGAGUGUUUAACAACAUAGCAGCUGAUAGUGCCCUGAGAUGAAGAAGUUUUCUUGUUGUAAUGAGGAGGCGGUUUCGAAGGACUAUUAUUUAUAGUUUCAUCUUUGAAGGCUAUUUAAAUUUCAUAUUAAGAUAUAUGAUAUGGUGUUAUACUCACAGAGAUUUAUGCUGAAAACCUGCUCUACUCACUACACUUGAAGCUGUUGCCAAUUUAGAGAGCUUGAGAGAAUGUAUGUGUGAAUGCAAUUCAUUUAGCUAUUUUAUACCUGGACUGAGACCAAAUUGAGGAUUCUUUGAAUUCUCUCUUUGUAAAAUGUAGUAUUUAUUUUUAAGGGUAUGUAAGUAAAUGAACAAACAUGGGCCGUCAUUUCAUUGUUUUUUUUGGUUGUUUUUUUAAAGUCAAUUUGUCCGUUUGAGUUUCUUGAAUUGGUCUUCGUCUUUGCAGAGAAGAUGCUGUUGCCCUUUAUUACUCAUUAGUUUUAGCUCAUGAUGGGGCCCAGCUGAAUUCAUCUGUGGAAGGGGAGUGACAUAUUUCACUGGCGUCACUAAAGGAAAUAUAGUUUAGCCCACUUGAGUGUUAGGUUUUGUUCCUCAAAAAAUAAAUCUGGAGAUUAGCCCCCAGAUUUAGAAUGCAGCUUUCACAAUCAAGGAAUAAAACAGUCUAACAUAUCAUUGUGGAUUACCAACAUUCUGAUGACCUAAAGGUAUGGUUAGACAACCUUAAAAAUGUGUUCAUGUGCCAUGCCCCCAAUGAAGAGUGUGUGCUUUCUUUGGCUCUUUUUCCAGUACACGCUAUCAAAAUUUAUAGGAUUCAGAAAACUUCCGCUUUAAGCCAACUCCUAGUGACAGAAAUAAUUCAGUGUAUGAUAAAUGGAUGGAAAGUCAUAUGUUUUCAUAGGCACAGGGAGGAAUUCAGUUUGCACUUAAUGCAAAAUCACUUUUAAAUUGACUGGUGCUUUGCUUACUUAUGUUGGGAGGGGGUUCCUCAUUGAGAGACACACCUCAACCCUCUGAUGAAUGCUGAUAAAAUAGUUUGAGCUCCAUUUGAAGAUAUGCAACUGUAAAUUAAAUUGUGUCAAGUAUAGAAUGUACAGCAAUUGUAGUAAUGUUACAGUUCAGGGUGUUUACCAUUCAGUCAUGCUUUUAAGAAUCAGUUUCAGUGGCUUUGCACUCACCUAAAUACGCUUAACAGUAAUUACAGGAGCAAUUAGUUUGUAAGAACACAGUUAAUUUGACCUUUUUUGUAUUAUUUUUGUAAUUUGCUUUGCAUUUACUUUCACGGUUUUGAUCCCUGAGUUGCGGGUCAUCAGCAUUUAUCGGCACAAAUAGUCAACAAAGAACUUUGCACUUCAGUUAGGCUCCACAGUAAUGUUAAGAGAUGCUAUUUUAUCUAUAAUCACCACAAAACACUGAACACUGUUGCCCUUUAUAGUGAACCACGGUGUUGGCUAAUAAACGCUAAUCAAAAUGAAAGAAACCUGGCACCAACAACAGCUUUUGGCUCUGGGAGCACAGCAGCUCUCCGUUUGUGUAACCCCUCACACAUCUGGACUCAGUGGUUUCAUUUAUCCUCAUUGCACUAAAUAAUUUAUCUGCCUUUACAUGUUUAUUUUUGUUAAAAUAAAACUCAUACUAAUGUUGUUGUACAAUACAAUUCUAAUAAAUGAGUGAUAUUGUUUA